CCGGAUGGAAGCUCCAGCCGCGGAAUGAUGGAGGCGGCAGCGAAGAUGGGCCGGGCAGGGACCAUGGCGGUGGCAGCAGAAGUGGCAGGGGCGGGGCGCCUGGCGAUAGAGGAGGCUGUGGUCUACAGGGGGCUGUAGGUGGAGGCAUGGCUCAGGCCAGCAGCGGGAACGGCAGCGAGGAGGCCUGGGGGGCACUUCGCGUGCCGCAACAGCAGAGUCCCGCAGCGUCUUCUCUUGAGGGAGCAAUUUGGAGAAGAGCUGGAACCCAGACUCGCGCCCUGGAUGCCAUCCUUUAUCAUCCACAACAGUCCCAUCUGCUUCGAGAGCUCUGCCCAGGAGUGAACAACCAGCCCUACCUCUGUGAGAGUGGCCACUGCUGCGGGGAGACGGGCUGCUGCACCUACUACUAUGAGCUCUGGUGGUUCUGGCUGCUCUGGACUGUCCUCAUCCUCUUUAGCUGCUGUUGCGCCUUCCGUCACCGGCGAGCUAAACUCCGGCUGCAGCAACAGCAGCGCCAGCGGGAGAUCAACCUGUUGGCCUACCACGGGGCAUGUCAUGGGGCUGGCCCUGGCCCUACCGGUUCACUGCUUGACCUUCGCCUCCUCAGCGCCUUCAAACCCCCAGCCUAUGAGGAUGUGGUUCACCGGCCUGGCACACCGCCGCCUCCUUACACCGCAGCCUCAGGCUGCCCCUUGACUGCUUCCAGUGACCGCACCGGCCGCUCCUCUGCUUCUAGCUGCCCUGCCCACUGCGAGGGAACAAAUGUGGAAGGUGUUGCCUCCCACCAGAGUGCGCCCCCUCAUCAGGAGGGUGAGCCUGGGGCAGGGCUGAGCCCUGCCCUCACACCCCCUUCUUGCCGCUAUCGCCGCCUGACUGGUGACUCAGGUAUUGAGCUCUGCCCUUGUCCUGACUCCGGCGACGGUGAGCCAGUCAAGGAGGCUAGGGCUAGUGCCACCCCACCAGAUCUGGAGGACCCUUGUGUGCUGCCCCUCGAUCCUGUACCCCAGGUCUCUCCUGUGGGGCUAGCUUCCAGUGAAGGGGACCUCCCAUAAACAGUUUUGGGAGGGUGGCUGGAUUCCUUGCCCACCAGAAACAGCCCGAGUUCUCCUUGGCCUCUCCCUGCCGCCUUGAAUCUGCCUGAAAGGGGUGGAGUCCUGAGGAGAGCGGCGGUGUUUGGGGGACUGUGCUAGCUAUACCCUCAAAAAACAUACACAGGAGCCUUUGAUCUCAUUAAAGAGACGUGAACCAGCUGCUUGUGAA